UCCAUCCUCUCAAACUAAGCUGCUUCUACUACUGGCUCUAGUAUUACUGCUAUUAACUAUCCGCUACAUACCAUAGCUAGUAGUACCAUAUCCAAGAAGCUUUUGGUGGUAUUUGAGAUGGCUUCCAAAAGCUCAACAUCAUUUCCACUCUUUCUCGCUCUCAAUCUCCUCUUCUUUGCCUUUGUAAGUGCUUGUGGUACCUGCACUUCCCCUAAGCCAACGCUAAAGGCCGCUACUCAGGGCACUUGUCCUAGAGAUGCUCUUAAGUUCGGAGUGUGUGCAGAUUUGCUUGGUUCUUUGCUUAGCAUCAGCAUAGGGACACCCCCAAAAACCCCAUGUUGCUCUCUCAUUGAAGGCCUUGCCGAUCUUGAGGCUGCUGUUUGCCUUUGCACUGCCAUUAAAGCUAGCAUCAUGGGGAUUAACCUUGAUGUCCCGCUCUCGCUCAGCUUGCUUCUCAAUGUCUGUUCAAAGAAUGUUCCCUCGGACUUCCAAUGUGCCUAAUGGUGCUGCUUUCUCUCCCAUUUGCUUGUUCUAUGGACGUGUGUUUAAUUUUUAGUACUCUUCUCGUUUAUGCAUUAUCAGUGUGUUAAUUAUUGAAUAAGUGAUGGUGACAGCUUGUUUCCCUUGUACUACUGCUCCGGUUGUGACCAGUAGUAAUACUGAAUAAACAUUAUAAGAUUUGUGCUUUUCCUUUCCAAGUGAUCCUUGUAUAAUUAUAUAUGUGUAUGUUUUUAUGCAAAAUAUGAAAGAAAAGUAUUACUUUUUU